AUGGAUACCGCUGUGCUUAUUUCCUGCAUGGCAUUGACCGCGACUCUCCUGAUCGUUCUGUUGCUGCUCUGCCGAUUAGUUCAGCCCCAUGAUAUCGCAUGGUUUCUUUCGAGCCGCGAAGACAAGCUGAAACUGUCCAAGAUGAGACUGUACAACGCUAACGGCUAUCUGAUGCAUUCUGGAUCAGAGAUUUUGCUAGGGUCCACGGGAAGCUUUCAACGGUUCGAUUCUGUGGACCGCGACUAUAAGCCGCAGUACGGGCCGCGGUCUGGUAUUAGCUUUCCAUCCUGGCGCAACUCCACAGAAGAGCCUGACAUCCCACCACAACCGUUGCGACCUGCCCCGUCACCCAGAGAGGCAAAACUUUCGCGUGAGAAACCGAUCCUGCGGCAAAUUUCGGAACCGAAAGCCCCAACGUCACGAACGGUGUUUAUCUCGCCCAUACCUCGGCCGGUACCUCGCAAGCAACAUUCGGCUCCUAUAUCUUUUCCGCUCCUGAUUUCACCGCAGGAUAAACAAUCAAACAAGACGGUGCGACCACCUGAUCAAACAGUGCCAGUGACCCAACACCUGUCGUGUACCAAUCCUUUUCUCAACACGUCCCAGCAGCAGGAAGAGUUGCUGCACGGUAUUUCCAAAAGUAGCCAUCAGCAGGUAUCACCUUUAGUACCUUCGCCGCUGACUGUGCCGAAUUCCGCCGUGUCAAGUUCUUCUGAGUUCCAUCCCCUCAAGUCAGCGAACAACCCGUUCAUUGAUUCUCCCCAACCGCAACAGCAAUUCUGUGUGUUCAACUUUGAUCCGGCUAUGGUGCAAUCGCUGUUCAAUCAAGACGAUACAUUACGGGGGACACACAAGCGUAUCAACAAUCUGCGAAGGAUGUCCAGGCUGAUCGAGAGCAAUCAACUACUACUGAACAUCUACCAACAGUUUAACCGAACUAUAUCUGAGCAGGCAGAGCUGCCGUUGGUCGUAACACCACAUGUCAGCAAGCCACUGAUGCCUUCAACCACCCCUGUAGCUACCCAGCUCCCAGUGACAUCCAGCGACGCAACUCGAACCUCCACUGCAGAAACAUCCGUGGAAGCCCAGCCGGCGUCGUUGUCUCCAGUUUCCGAGUUUAGUACCAUCUUUAGCAAGCCUCCGUUGAUUUCGCCGCGUGUUUCAAGCAGUGGUAGGUCGUCACCAUGCAAAUACCGCGACUCGCCGCGUUCCGACAUCACCGAAAGCAUUCGGGUGCCGACAGUGUCGCGCAGUAUAAAGCAUAUCCUGCGCAAUCGAUCGUACUCGGAAACUGAGUUCAGCCAGCGCAAGCUCAUCAAGUCGCAGGCAAUUCUGUCGGCAUCCGACGGGCAUCCGCAACAGGCGUCCGCUUCCAACUCGUGCUCGGUACCACCGUCGCCACUGGCCAAAAAUGCAUCCUACAAAGACCUCAGCCAGUACCAGUGGGGAAGUGCCGGGGCAAACGUCGGGUCGGCCAGCUGCGGAUAUUUAUAUAGCAGCCGCGAUUCGCUGCAGAAAACCGUGUCAGAGUCCUUUCUCGAGCAGUACUCGUUAACACAGCAUCGCGAAAGUAACGAGAGUGCGGCCGAACUUCCGAUGAGGUAUGGUAUUCAUUCAUCUGGCAUCGAUAGCUUCCGAACUGAGCAUAACCCAGGGACGGUCCUGCCGUCGUCGUCCUGCGAGUCGGUUGCGUCAGAGUCGUCGGUCGUAUUCACCGAUCUUAUUCGUAGUCCGAGCCAUCCAGCUGCCGGAUACCUGUGCAUUGGGCUUCAACUAGGCAGGUAUGAACACGGCUAUACUACCGACGACCGAGAGGAACUCCUGGUGACGGUAAGGGAAGCUAAGGAUCUGGUUCUUUCUCCUGAAGUCGAUGAGCUGGAUACAUUCGUGAAGGUGUUGCUCAUACCUGCGGACGGUACUGCGCGCCAAACAAAGGUAUGCAAACACGCGAAACAACCAAGCUACCAAGAAACAUUCAGUUUUUGGAUAAGCAACCGUAAAGCUGUACGUCAUUCGCUUUGGUUUUAUCUCUAUCUCAACAGUGCCAACUCACAAACAUUGAUAGGAGAAGCCGAGAUUCAUAUAGAUGAAAACAUUCAGCUACCUGUAACUAACUGGAUGAAGCUGAUCGAUCCUAGCCACCGGAAUUUGGGCCUGGGUGAAUUGAUGCUUUCGUUAAGCUACCUGCCGACGGCGGAGCGGCUUACGGUUGUGGUGGUGAAGGCACGGAACCUUGCACUGAAAAACCGCGGUUCGGGUAGUGCGCUGCGUGCUAGUGGAAGUAAUGAACCGAAGGCGCUGGAUAACGAAAUGGCUCUCGAGUCCGAUGGAGCUGGAAACGUUUUCGUCAAGGUCUAUCUGCUGCAGAACGAUCGCAAGAUUUCCAAGAAAAAGACGUCCGUGAAGCGCGCGGAACAGUUUCCGAUUUACAAUGAGGCGAUCAUCUUCAGCUUGCCACCGUACAUGCUGAACGUGGUGCAAAUUCGUCUCUCCGUGGUGCAGAUGGUGCAGCGGGUGGAGGCGUGUGUCUCGGAAGACCUCGGUACGAACGGCCGGAAGCCUUCGGUGGACGGCGUUACCCGCAAGCCGAGCGUAAAGCUGGUCUCACUCGGUCACGUCAUUAUCGGUAGCGGUACGACCGGGAAGGGACUGCGACACUGGCACCAGAUGCUGACGGCCCUGCGCAAACCGGUGGCCAUGUGGCACGGGCUGCGCAGCACCUCGGAGCAGCACAGGAGAGACAAACCGAACGCGAACGACGGCCGAGUUAAGCAAAGAAGUGAUCCUUUGGAGUAA